AUGUCAUGCCUCAGCCCCACCUCCACGGAGGAACCACCUGAUCUCACCCACGUUCCCUCAGAGUACCACAACCUCAAGAUGGUGAGAGGGAGGCACGGAGAGACACCAGAGGGAGGCACGGAGAGACACCAGAGGGAGGCACGGAGAGACACCAGAGGGAGGCACGGAGAGACACCAGAGGGAGGCACGGAGAGACACCAGAGGGAGGCACGGAGAGACACCAGAGGGAGGCACGGAGAGACACCAGAGGGAGGCACGGAGAGACACCAGAGGGAGGCACGGAGAGACACCAGAGGGAGGCACGGAGAGACACCAGAGGGAGGCACGGAGAGACACCAGAGGGAGGCACGGAGAGACACCAGAGGGAGGCACGGAGAGACACCAGAGGGAGGCACGGAGAGACACCAGAGGGAGGCACGGAGAGACACCAGAGGGAGGCACGGAGAGACACCAGAGGGAGGCACGGAGAGACACCAGAGGGAGGCACGGAGAGACACCAGAGGGAGGCACGGAGAGACACCAGAGGGAGGCACGGAGAGACACCAGAGGGAGGCACGGAGAGACACCAGAGGGAGGCACGGAGAGACACCAGAGGGAGGCACGGAGAGACACCAGAGGGAGGCACGGAGAGACACCAGAGGGAGGCACGGAGAGACACCAGAGGGAGGCACGGAGAGACACCAGAGGGAGGCACGGAGAGACACCAGAGGGAGGCACGGAGAGACACCAGAGGGAGGCACGGAGAGACACCAGAGGGAGGCACGGAGAGACACCAGAGGGAGGCACGGAGAGACGCCAGAGGGAGGCACGGAGAGACACCAGAGGGAGGCACGGAGAGACGCCAGAGGGAGGCACGGAGAGACACCAGAGGGAGGCACGGAGAGACACCAGAGGGAGGCACGGAGAGACACCAGAGGGAGGCACGGAGAGACGCCAGAGGGAGGCACGGAGAGACGCCAGAGGGAGGCACGGAGAGACACCAGAGGGAGGCACGGAGAGACACCAGAGGGAGGCACGGAGAGACACCAGAGGGAGGCACGGAGAGACACCAGAGGGAGGCACGGAGAGACACCAGAGGGAGGCACGGAGAGACACCAGAGGGAGGCACGGAGAGACGCCAGAGGGAGGCACGGAGAGACGCCAGAGGGAGGCACGGAGAGACGCCAGAGGGAGGCACGGAGAGACGCCAGAGGGAGGCACGGAGAGACGCCAGAGGGAGGCACGGAGAGACGCCAGAGGGAGGCACGGAGAGACACCAGAGGGAGGCACGGAGAGACACCAGAGGGAGGCACGGAGAGACACCAGAGGGAGGCACGGAGAGACACCAGAGGGAGGCACGGAGAGACACCAGAGGGAGGCACGGAGAGACACCAGAGGGAGGCACGGAGAGACACCAGAGGGAGACAGGACGAGGGCUAA